CGUAAAAGAAAUUAUUUCAUUUAAAAAUUUUAUUAUGAGAUUACACGUAAAAAUAUGCAAACGAGUUUCACCAUCAAGCUGGGACGAGGUACACUUUGCUGUUGAUUUCGUAGUGUUCAAGAGUUAAAGAAACUAAAUUUUUUAUUAUGGCACCUCCUCCAUCUGACGAAGAGUAUGAUGCGAGUAAGAGAAAAGAUAAGAGAUCAUCUAAAGGGAAAGAAGUAAAAGGUAAACAGGGUGAAGGGGAAGGAGUAGCUGCUGAAGAGAAAAAGCGACAGAAAUCAAAGAAAGACACUAGGCGCUCUAAAGAGCAGAAAAUGGAAAAGAGUUCCUCUUCUCAAUCUCCUAGAAAAUCAAUUAAAGGACAAGAACAAUUUGAAGGAAAGAGAGAGAAAUCUAGCAAACAGGAAUCAGACAGAAGAGUUGAAGAAAUUAAACCAGCUGAAAGCAAAGUCAUUGAACCAAAAGAGGAAUCAGCCGUUGCCAUGUAUAAAGAAGCAGUAGACAUCUCUUCAGCAUCUCUAAGUUCCAGACAUUUGAUGCUAACUUCUUUUAAAGAAAUACUAGAAUUAACUGAAGAGAAAUUAUCCCUUACCAAAACCUUGUUAAGUUUGAAAGAACAGCAAAGGAAACUAAAAACAGGGUCAAAAGAAGCUAAAACUAAACCUUCAGCAAUUGUAGAAAAAGUUUAUGAAAGUAUAGGAGAAAUGAACGAACUCGCUGAAAAACUAGAAGAUAUUGUCUGUGUCUCUAGUUCACCUUCAGGUAUGAAGAUAAAAAAGAAAUUAGCUGAAGAAGAAACUGAAGGAAUGAUAAUCAAACCUGGUGAAGGUGAAGAACCAAAAGGUUCUUCUUCUUUAUUAAAUUUCUGCGAUUUGAGAUCAAAAUUGCUUAUGAAGAGACUCGAACAUUCAAAAGUAUUAUUAGCAAUCUUAAAUCAAAAGGAACAAAGAAUAAAAUUAGGAGAAAUGGCUGAAUCUGAUGAAUUAGAAAAGGAAAUUAGACAUCUGGAAGAAACAGAAGAAACUUUAAGAGACGAUAUUACUAAGCUUACAAAAGAAAUAGAAAUAGCUGGGCAGGAAAAACGGGAUUUGUCGUCGUCUUUUUCAAGUCACGAAGAGGAAACUGAAGCAGUGGAAGAUACAGAAGAUCUGAAAAAACUUCAGAAUGACUGCAUAAUGAAUAGAUUGGAACUAAUGAAAGUAAUGAUAGAACUAGUAAAGAAAAAAGAGAUGAAAGAAGAAUCUACUGAAUCCAAUGAAGAGGAGAUUAGAAAUAUAAAAGAAAAAGAGCGAAAACUACAAGAAACAGUUGCAAAACUUGAAGACAUGAUACAAAAUAAACUGAAAGAAACGACUACACUUUCUCCAGGCGACAAACCCUUGGCAUCAUCCCCUCCAGCAGAUACUUUAGACUCGAAGAUGGAAGACCAGAAGAAGCAAUCAAUCGAACAGUCUGAUAUGGAAGCACAAAAACCUGUCAAUCGGUUCACCUUUCCUGGAUUUUCAAAGUCACCUAAAGUAUUUAAAGAUGAUAAGUGGGAAGAGGAAAGAGUAAGAAAGCUGAAUGAACUUGCAGAAAUGGAAGAAACCGACUUUGGUGCUUUAACAAAACCCGUAGUCGGGGAGGAAAGGUUAGCAAAAAUGAGGGAAGUUGUAGAAGAAUUUUUUGAGGAAACGACAUUACUUCAAAGAUUUUCUCGGCAUGAAAAUUUGGAAAUAACAGAGCAAAAUAUUGCUAAAUUCACAGGCAAGCAGGAAAUACAGGAAGAAAAAACAAAAAAGGAGGCAGAGUUGCUGGAAGCUGAAUUAGAAAACAUACAAAAGGAUUCUGUUAAAGAAGAGGAAAGUAAAUCAGCCGAAGAGGAGGAAAACUAGAUCAGUUGCGGAGGAGGAAACUAGAUCAGUU